UUCCUGUUUGUCCUAAAUUCUUGUCAACUCACUGAGCGCAGUGUUUAAAGUGCAGUGCUAUGAAGCUGCUUUACUGUUUCUUUUCUUGAGUCAUUUCUCUCUCCUGUUUUCUGUGUUUUCUUCAUCGGGACCAUGCAAGGCUUGAGGAACUAUUUUAGACCAUGGGCAUCGGAUAUAACACUGAAUGGCAAAACUGCAUUGAUUACUGGCGGUAACACCGGCAUUGGUAAAGAGACUGCUAUUGAUUUGGCCAAAAGAGGUAUGCGUGUCAUUAUCGCCUGCAGAGAUACAGAGAAAGGUGAUGCAGCUAUGAAAGAGGUCAUAGAAGUUUCCAAGAAUCAGAAUGUUGUCUGCAAAAAACUUGACCUGGCUGACUGCAGCUCCAUCAGAGAAUUUGCACAGAACAUUAAUAGUGAGGAGAAACAACUCAAUAUCCUGAUUAACAAUGCAGGAGUGAUGGCAUGCCCAUAUGGUAAAACAGCAGAUGGUUUUGAGAUGCAAAUCGGAGUCAACCACAUGGGUCACUUCCUCUUGACAUUUCUUUUAAUUGACCUGAUUAAACGAUCAGCUCCAGCUCGAAUCGUCACUGUCUCAUCAAUGGCACAUAAGUGGGGGACCAUCAACCUGGAUGACAUCAACAGUGAGAAGGGCUAUGAUAAAUCAAAAGCCUACUGCCAGAGCAAACUGGCCAAUCUGCUCUUCACUCGCUGCUUAGCCAAUAAACUCCAGGGUACAGGAGUGACGACAUAUGCCCUUCACCCUGGUGUAGUGCAGACAGAGCUGUGGAGGCACCUAAGUCGACCCCAACAGGCAGCCAUGUGGAUGAUCAAACCUUUUACCAAGACAUCACUGCAGGGAGCUCAAACCACUCUGUACUGUGCAGUAGCUCCUGAGCUAGAGACAGAGAGUGGCAACUAUUACAGUGACUGUGCGCGUGCAAGCUGUUCUAAUGCCGCUAUGGAUGAUGACAUGGCGCAACGACUCUGGGAACUUAGCUGCCAGAUGCUCAAGAUAACAUGGGAAUAAAUUUGCUGACUAAUUUUUGUAAAUCAAAAAGCUCAAAACAGUUUCCCCAGCAGGCUCUUACAAUAAAUUAAGGCCAUCAUUUGAUUGAAUGAAUUGACAUGUUUUCUUUUAAAGCAGGAAGUCAGAAAAGUCAUUUUCAAUUCAACACAAAUGAUAUUAUCAGCAAUAAUGUGAGUGACAGGAAGAAUCUUACAAAUAUUUACAGGAAUAAAUAAGGUAUAUUCCCUUUCUGCUCUAAUGUACUUGUACCUGGGACUUUAUAAGAUUAUGAUCUAUGUUAAAUCAAAUCCAUUGGCAUAGCAUCUGAACACAUUUUUUAGCAGACAUAAUAGGACACAAGUUUUUUUUUUUGUUGUUGUUGUUUUAGAGUGUCUCUUUUGUUUUAGUUUAUUUCCUGUUCUAAAAAAUUUCACAGAUUGUCUAUGGACUCUCUGAUUUUUAACCUCUCUUCAUAAACCUAUACAAUCUAUACACUGCCCGGCCAAAAAAAAAAAAAAGUUAAUAUUUUAGUAGGGUCAAGUUAUUAGCCUGCAUCAAGUAUCAAAAACAAUUAUGGAGAUUUGAAAUAUUCAACCCUUCAAUACAUUACUAAUACCUGUAAGGAUUGUGCUGAACCUUUAACUUUGUAGAAGAAAUGUGGUCAGAAAAAAAUCCUGAAUUGAGAUCACAUAAAUAUUUAGUAAAGAUGAUUGGUAAAAACCUCGUAGUUGCAAUCAAGUUGGAUUUGAAUGACCAGAUUAUCACAUCUAUGGACUUUUUUUCUUCCCUGAUACAACAGGCAUAUUCCAGGAUUUAAAAUGUGAAAGAGUGGUUCUGGGAGCAUGAGGAUUUGAUUCACCUUGAAUUUACCACAUGAAUUUACCACCACACUGUGCACAAGAAUCAAAGUUAUAGGCAGGCAAUGAGAUCUGUGUGUUUUUAUUAAUUUUUGACCAGGCAGUGUAUAAUAACCUGCUGCCACUUGGGGGCGGAUUCCUUCCAUCCUAUCAGUUAAUGUCUGUGCAGUGAAAAGCCAAAAAGAAGGUCUUAUGUGUAAAGUAAAAAACAAAAAAUCUUCUCUUUAAAACAAUUGCAAAAAAUGCAGGGUAUUGAUGAGAAAACUUAUUUUCAUAGUAACAAAGUUGCAGUGAGAGAGACUCUCUUACUAUGACACAAAUUAAACUGUGAGCUAAUACAAGCUCAUUAUUUUUGACACUUAAGUACAUUUAAAAGUAAGUACUUUUUUGUACUCAUGUAGAAUUGUAACUAGAGGAUUUCUACAUUUUCUUAGGUAAUAUUUUACUAGAGGUACGUAUCUACUUUAAUUCAAGUAAAGGUUUUGUGAACUUUGCCCACCUCUGUUAACACAUCAUACCACCCUGCCAUUAAUUAUAUUUCUCUAAAAGCAUGCCACCGUGGUUUACUCCUUAUAUAAACAUGUCGGAAAGCAAUUAUCAAGUUAAAUGUAUUAGCCUGUGUUUUCUAUUUUGUCCUGUUUUUUUUUUAACUUAAUAUAGGUGCAUUUAGACAGAUAAACUAAACGUUACUUAAACAUAGACACAUAAUAGGUGAAACACAAUGGCAAUAUUUAUACUCUUAUAUUUGUCCAUCUUUUACUUUUUUUAUUCUAUUUUAUGUACCUUAUUUUAUGACACUUAUUUUUUAUCCUGUAUAAUGACAAUAAAUAAUAAUAUCUA